AGUCACAAAGCUGCUGCUGCUGAUGAAGAUGAAGGUGUGGGUGCUGCUCCUCGUCCUGUCCUCAGUCCUCUGUGUCUCUGCUGAUUCUCUGCAUGGCGACAACUGGAUCAGCGGAUGUUCAGAUACCGAUGGCGAGGCCGUGAGGAUACUUGAUGAUGAGGCGGUCUGGUACGCCGACUUUAACAAACAGAAAGGAAUCUAUCCUCUGCCCCCCUUUGUAGACCCCAUUACCUUUCCAGGUCAAUAUGAACAAGCUGUGGCUGAUCAACAGGUCUGCAGACAAAACCUGAAGACGAUUCGUCAGGCUAUGAAGGACGUCCCCAAAGAACUGGAUCCUCCUUCCAGCCUGAUCAUCUACACAGUACUAAAUGUGGAGCUCAGAGUCCAAAACACUCUGAUCUGUCACGUGACUGGUUUCUAUCCUGCUCCCGUCAACAUCACCUGGACCAAAAACGAGCAGAAGGUCACAGAAGGAGCGAACACCAGCGUUCCCUUCCCCAACAAAGAUGGUUCCUUCAAACAGACGUCCAGGCUGGACUUCAUCCCAAAGCAGGGAGACGUCUACAGUUGCACCGUGGAACAUGUGGCCCUGAUACAACCAAUGACCAAAUUCUACGCUGUGGAGAACACUGAUCUCAUUCUUGGACCUGCCAUGUUUUGUGGAGUGGGUCUGACUGUCGGUGUCCUCGGUGUGGCAGCAGGAAUCUUCUUACUCAUCAGAGGAACCGAGUCUGGAGAGAAGAUCUCCUGUAUGGUGGAGCACGCCAGCCUGGAGGAACCACUGAUUAUUAACUGGGUCCCGCCCAUGCCUGAAACAGAGAGACUGAUCAUCGUUGGAGUCGUAGGACUGAUCCUGGGUCUGAUCUUGUUUCUGGCUGGAGUCAUCUACAGGAGGAAAAGUGGAGAUACAUCUUUGGUUCACAGGUUCGGUGAGAAACAGGCAGAGGACUGGAACAAAGAUGCUGCAGCUCUGAGCUUGUGGAGACCUCAGAAGGAGAUGUUCUUCAAACCCGACUCUGAGCUCUGCUUCACAAAUGUUCUGCCUAAGUCAGUGAUGCCAUUGGUCAGGCUUCACUCCAUGACGCCCCCUGGUGGCCGUCAUCCUGCCUUGGCGCUCUGCAGAGUCUACGACUUCUUCCCCAAGCAGCUCAAAACCAGGUGUUGCUGCAGGCUGCUUUGAUUUAUCCUCAUGAUUUAUUUGAAUAGAUCAUAAAAGAUUUGUAAUCUUUGUGCCGGCACAUCUGCUGCUACACACCAGCAGACUGUGGGGACCAGUGUGGAGCUGUUGGUUAAAGCAACACAGGUCCUGUUCUAACGAUGAGCCGUCACCUUGUUUUCUCUGUCUGUGCCCCAGGACUGAUGCUGGUUCCCAGUAGUGGAUCCUGAUUGUAGACCUGGAGCUGGUUCUGCUUCUGUCUGACAGCUGGAAGCAAAAGCAGCAGCAGCUGGCAGCUCUGUGUUUGAUCCAGGCUGUUUGAGUCAGGCUGAAACUGGACUGUGGUGGAUCUACUGGAGCCUCAGUGGUGGAGUCAUCAUAUAGUGUGUGCAGAGUGUUCUCAGAGUCUUUACAGCUGUCUGACAGCAGGAACUGCUCAGGUGAGCUGCCUCCAGGAUGGACCUGGUCUGUGCUGGCCGGAGGACAGCGAGGUGUGUGCUGGGAAACUGAGUGUCUGAUUGCUGUGUUUGGAUGUAAGGCUGGAGGGGGCGGAGCUCUGUGGGUGUUUGUGUGUGUGACUUUCCAGUGUCAUCACACACACACAC